AUAUCUUUAUGGAAGGAAGUUUUCACUGGUCACUGAUCACAAACCACUUCUGGCCAUUCUUGGGCCAAAAUCAGCAAUUCCAACAUUGGCAGCACUUCGAAUGCAACGGUGGGCACUACUCCUAUUGGCAAAUGACUAUGAUAUUGUAUAUAGACGUUCUCAGGAUCAUGGGAAUGCAGAUGCGCUAUCACGGCUUCCGUGCCCAUAUACAACAGAUGUUCAUGACGAAAGUGUCAUUUUUCAAGUUUCAUUUGCAGAGGAACUACCUAUUUCUUGCAAAGAUAUUGCAGCUGCAACAAGUCGUGAUCCUCUUCUGGCAAAAGUGUGGGACUUUACUUCCAAAGGCUGGCCGAACUACAGCUCUGACAAAAUCCUUAAGCCAUAUUUUGAAAAGAGAGAUGAGCUUUCCAUAGAUCAAGGUUGUUUACUGUGGGGGAUACGGGUUGUCAUUCCCCCAAAAUAUCGUCAGAGGCUCUUGCAUGAACUUUAUGAAGGCCAUCCAGGUGUAAACAGGAUGAAAGCACGAGCUCGUGGUUACCUGUGGUGGCCAGGCCUGGAUCAAGAUAUAGAAAUUUUUGUAAGUCAGUGUACUGCUUGUGCUUCUGUACAAAAUCAGCCACCCACUGCACCCCUUCACCCAUGGACAUGGGCCACAUCGCCGUGGGAAAGAAUCCAUAUUGACUAUGCUGAAAUAAACCAGCAAACAUUUCUUGUGGUUAUCGACAGCUAUUCCAAGUGGUUGGAGGUGUUACCCACUAAAACGAGUACAAGCGAGAAAACGAUUGCCUUGCUGCGUAAUUUGUUUGCAUCCUAUGGUCUGCCAAAGGAAUUGGUUUCGGAUAAUGGACCUCAGUUCACAUCUCAGGAAUUCCAGUACUUCUUGAAACAAAAUGGUAUCAAGCACAAAUUGACCCCACCUUAUCACCCAGCUUCAAAUGGUGCUGCUGAUCGGGCUGUUCAGACAUUUAAAAAAGCCUGGAUGAAACACUCAGUAGCCAGUGAGUCCGCUCGCACUACAGGAGAGUUGAGACUUUGCCGUUUUCUGUUUAAUUAUAGGAAUACUCCACAUUCAGUCACUGAAAGUACCCCAGCGGAACUGUUUUUAAAGAGGCACCUCCGAAGCAGGUUGGAUUUGCUUAAACCCUCUUUAGCUGAUACAGUGGAGAAACAACAGAAGCAACAAGUCAAAGCGCAUAAUAGCUCCAGACAAGGAAACAGAAACUCUUACCCAGGUGAUAAGGUCUUGGUUCAAGACUUCCGCCACUUAGGGCGCCUUUGGUCUCCAGGGACCAUUUGCCAUAGAAGGGGUCCCCUGACGUACGAGGUUCAAAUUGGUAAUCGUCACAUUCAUGUCCAUGUGGAGCAUCUGGUUCCAGAUAAGAGUGUGUCACCCGUACCUCCUUCAUUUUCUACCAUUGACUUUCAAGUACCUGUAGCGCCCUCACAGGAAUUACCAGAUGCCAACAAUCCAUCUAAUCCAACCAGUGCUACAGCCUCUGAGGGUGAACGGAGGUAUCCGAUAUGAGCAUGCAAGCCUCCUGACAGACUGGACUUAUAAUGCCACUAUGUUAUUGUUAACUU